CCUUGUCUGGCAAUGUCGACCAUUUUGGUAUACGUCCGUAAGCUACAAGGACAGGAUGCUCCACAAUCGAGGUCUACUUCCAGGCUCUUCUACGUACGUAGAUUGAUGUAUUGGCAAAGGUCUCGAACUAGGUGCAAGGGAGAGUGUCUGUGACUCUGCGGGUAUUGCAACAUCCAAGCUGAAGUGGCAUAUCGCGCUCGUUGUCAAGUAUAAGAAGCAGCUUGAACCUCCCUUCUCAUCUCUCAUCUACUACCACAAUCAUCAUUCUUACUCUCGUUUGCUCUUUCUGAAGCCACUCCCCGUCUCAACUCCAUCUUCCAUCAUCAAGCCUCGUCAUCAUCAUGACUCACCAGGUCAUCCUCUGCGGUCUCUUCGCACCCGCUCUCGUCGCUGCAGUCCCUCUGAGUGUAGGUGUUGGAGUUGGAGUCGGCGUCAACACAGGUCCUUUGAUCUCUCCCAUUGUUUCCGCCCUUCUCCCCAUCCUUACUCCCGUCGGAAGUGUUGUUAGCAACAUCGGUGGUGCUGUUGAAACUGCCGUCAGCGGUGUUCUCUCUGAGGUUCCCGCUAUCGCCACUGGCGUGGUUGUACCCGUGGUGUCAGGAGUUGCGCAAGGUGCCGGUGCGGCCGUCUCUGGCGUCUCGGAGAUCUUGGAUCUUGCUGGCACCGCCGUCAGUCAGAUCGCCUCUCCAGCUGUCUCUCUUGGAUCUGUCGUUGUUGGCGAUGUUGGUUCUGUCGUGUCCGGAGUUCAAGCCACUGCUACGUCGAUUGUUGGCAGUGUAGUUGUCUCAGUCGUUCCUUCUAUUGUUUCUGAAGUCGGAUCUGCUGUCACGUCCCUCGCUGGUGAUGUCAGCUCUAUCGUCUCUGGGGUUGGAUCCACUGCUUCUUCGGUCGGCGGCGUCGUUGUAGGCGACGCAAGCUCUGUCAUCUCUGGAGUUGAAGCGACCGCCACAUCAAUCGUUGGAGGUAUCCUCUCAGGUGUCGCCUCUGUUGUCACUGAUGUCGAGGCAACCGCUACAUCUGCGGGUGGUGCUGUGAUCUCUGGAGUCGCUGGUACCGUGUCGGAUGUCGGAGCAGGUCUUGCUGGAGCUGUUUCUGACCUUAGCUCCGGUGUAGCUGGCGCUGUCUCGAAUGUUGGCUCUGGAGCUGCCUCCGCUGUUUCUGACAUCAGCUCUGGCGCUGCUACCGGGAUCUCGGAGAUCGGUACAGGUGUUGAUGGAGGGCUGUCUGAUGUCCUCAAUGGAGUUGGAGGUGCUGUUUCGAAUGUCGGGUCAGCGGUUGGUGCAGUAGUAUCUCGUUUGUCUGGAGCUGCUGUUUCCAGUCCUUCGCCAUCGACCUAGUGAAGUGUGAUCAGAUGGACUGGGACGCACGGUGGUUUUCUUGUUCAGUAUCCGGCGCUUUGGGUAGACGAUGUUGUUCUGUUGCUUGCAGACUGUAUUCGCCGCAUGAUGUCGUUUUGUCUUAACUUUCGUAUAGUCUUGUCCCUCCUUGUUUCUAAUUCUUCUGACAGCCUUCAAAAAUAGAAGUCAAACCUUUUUCCAGAG